CGCGGCUGAGGCGGGGACGACCCGGGCGACACCAUCAGUAGGGGUGGUGAGGAACCGGGUCAGGGAAGAUGACAGCGCAGACGCUCGCAAACCUUGUCAGCUUGGAUCCAAGUUUUAUUCGAAAGCUGUCACGGUUAUCUAAAGCUUAACGAGGAGAGGACUCACUCGGGAGGAGGAAGAGAGAAGCGCCGAUGUGCCGUCGCCACCCCUCUCUUCAGGGCUGGCGCGGCGAGUGGCAGCUCCUGAGGUCACCGCUUCCGACGGCUCUAGUGGCCUAGCUCCCUGCGGCUGUCCUUGGUCGCGCUUGGCACCAGGCUCAAGCAGUCAAGAUGACCUUAUUUCAGCUUGUACGUGAGCACUGGGUUCAUAUACUUGUCCCUAUGGGAUUUAUCUUUGGAUGCUAUCUAGACAGAAAGGACGAUGAAAAGCUAACUGCUUUCCGGAAUAAGAGUAUGCUGUUUCAAAGGGAACUGAGGCCCAAUGAAGAAGUUACUUGGAAGUAAAAACUGGCUAAAUCACAGAAUGUUCACAUUUUAAAAGUUAUUGGAAAAAUAAAAACAUUUAUUAUUUAAUCAGAAGAAA